GGAAGCUUAGCUGAAAUUCACUGAAACAGGUGGCAUGGAGCGGUGAUGUGACCAACCCCCCUCCCCCCCCUCCCCGGAGCAGAGAGCAGGGUGCCGUUGCCAUGACGGAGUGCUUCCUGCCUCCGAGCAGCAGCCCCGGAGAGCAGCGGCGGGUGGAGCACGCGGGGAGCGUGGCGCGCACGCCCAGCUCUGAGGAGAUCAGCCCCACCAAGUUCCCAGGCCUGUACCGCGGUGGCGAGCACUCGCCCCCUCACGAUGGCCAUCACCACGAGCCCCCCGACCCGGCCUCCGACGACGACAGGGAGCACGGCAAGAAGAAGAACAAGUUUAAGAAGAAGGAAAAGAGGACCGAGGGCUACGCCGCCUUCCAGGAGGACAGCUCGGCCGACGAGGCGGAGAGCCCGUCCAAGAUGAAGCGCUCCAAGGGCAUCCACGUCUUCAAGAAGCCCAGCUUCUCCAAGAAGAAGGAGAAGGACUUCAAGGUGAAGGAGAAGCCCAAGGAGGAGAAGAGCAAGGACAAAAAGUCUAAGGACCUGACGGCGGCCGACGUGGUCAAGCAGUGGAAGGAGAAGAAGAAGAAGAAGAAGCCCACUGCUGAGCCCGAGCCGGUCGCCGUGGAGAUACAGUCGCCGCGGCCCGUCUUCGGAGCGCCGCUGAUCGACGUGGUCAAGAGGACCUCGCUCUAUGACGGCAUCCGGCUGCCGGCCAUCUUCCGGGAGUGUGUGGACUACAUCGAGCGCUACGGCAUGAAGUGCGAGGGCAUCUACCGCGUCUCAGGGAUGAAGUCGAAGGUGGACGAGCUGCGGGCGGCGUAUGACCGGGAGGAGUGCCCCUGCCUGGAGGAGUAUGACCCGCACACAGUGGCCAGCCUGCUGAAGCAGUACCUGCGGGAGCUGCCGGACAACCUGCUGGGGCGCGAGCUGGCCCCGCGCUUCGAGGAGGCCUGCGGACGACCCACCGAGGCCGACAAGCUGCAGGAGCUCCAGAGACUGCUGGCCGAGGUGCCCCCCUGCAACCACCUGCUGCUGUCCUGGCUGGUCACCCACAUGGACCACGUCAUCAGCCGCGAGGCCGACACCAAGAUGAACAUCCAGAACAUCUCCAUCGUCCUCAACCCCACCGUGCAGAUAGGAAACCGGGUCCUGUAUGUGUUCUUCACCCACGUGCGGGAGCUGUUUGGAGACGUGCUCCUGAAGCCAGCCAUCCGGCCUCUGCGCUGGUCCAACAUGGCCGCCAUGCCGGUGCUCCCUGACACGCAGGAGAGCGUCAAAGAGGAGAUCCGGCGACAGGAGUUCCUGUUGAACUGCCUACACAGGGACCUGCAGGGCGGAGUGAAGGAUCUGUCCAAAGAGGAGCGUCUCUGGGAGGUGCAGCGCAUCCUGACUGCUCUCAAACGCAAGCUACGUGAAACAAAGCGACAGGAGUGUGAGACUAAGAUUGCUCAGGAGAUCGCCAGCCUGUCUAAGGAGGACGUGUCCAAAGAGGAGAUGACCGAGAACGAGGAGGAGGUCAUCAACAUCCUCCUGGCUCAGGAGAACGAGAUCCUGACAGAGCAGGAGGAGCUCAUCUCUCUGGAGCAAGUCCUGCGCAGACAGAUCGCCACAGAGAGGGAGGAGAUCGAGCGACUGCGCGCCGAGAUCGCCGACAUCCAGAGUCGCCAGCAGGGGCGCAGUGAGACUGAGGAGUACUCCUCGGACAGUGAGAGUGAGAGUGAAGAUGAGGAGGAGUUGCAGAUCAUCCUGGAGGACCUUCAGAAGCAGAACGAGGAGCUGGAGAAUAAGAACACACACCUGAACCAGGCCAUCCACGAGGAGCAGGAGGCCAUCAUCGAGCUGCGUGUGCAGCUGCGUCUGCUCCAGAGCCAGCGUCUGCAGCAGGAGCAGCCUGCGCAGCCAACGCAGCCAACGCAGCCCAGCCCCGAAGCCCUGCCAGAGGAACCCGCCAAACACGCCGCCCCGGCAACCCAGCCCCCCCUCCCGGCUGCUGCCCCCGCCCCCGCCAACCCCGCGCCCCCCCGGGACGCCCCCGCCAACGGAAAACCUGCCCCAGAGUCCCUCAAACCGUCCCCCAGCAAGGACCGGCGAGAGACGAACCUGUGAGCUCCACCACUGAACUCCACCACUGAGCUCCACCAACGCCAUCCUCACACACACCUGCUGUUCAGAAGGACUGCUGCUCUACUGCCCUGGCUGUGGAGGAUGGAGGGAGAGGGGGAGAGAGGGAGAGGGGGAGGGGUGGGGAGAGAGGGAGAGGGUGGAGACAGUGAGAGGGAGGAACUCAGAAACAAAGAGUUUUACCCGAGCGAAGGGCGUGAUAGAGACCAGUGGAAAACCCCACAAAGAUAAUGGCACGUUUAAAGUGCGAUUGUUGUAUUCGAUGAUCCCACAGUGUUGGUUUUCAGUGCGACUGUCCUGUCCUUCUGUUACUUUCAGCCUUUCAUGAACCUGAAGGAGAAUCAUGUACUCAUCCAUCGUCAUUGCAUUAAUUAAUAUUUUACAAAUGCAGUUGUCACAUGCAGAUGUGCAGUAUGUAAAUCUCUGUGGCAGAAUCUAAUCUCUGGUGGCUGGUAGUGCUAAUGUAAUGGCAGCUCAUUCUCUGUGCUUUAGAUGGGGUUUUCAUUUUGUCUGCAUUUUGUCUACAGUGCAGUGGAGUCGCCGUGUUUGUCUGGUCUAUACUCGAGUAUCUGUGUUAAUAUUGUGCUAAAUGCAUUCCUUCUGGAUUCAUUACUUAUUAAAAAAAGCGAUUUAACGUGCAGCUCUGACGAAGCUGUAGUAAGGUCAGCGUGACGCAGCUGCAGCCGUGUACAGUGUGAAGAUGUGAAUGUUUGGGUCUGAUGAGGACCCCAGCAGAGGUGCUCUCUGGACCCACCACAGGGUUCUGAUCACUAUUGGGAAUUUCUGGAUGAAUGAGACUCACCCACACAAAGUAAGAGCUGUCUGAUAAAGAGCCACUACAUCAUGCUGUGAAGCGUAAAGGCAGGUUAGACUGUCUUUGACUCAUAACAGGUGGAAGGUGACAGGUUGGAGUGUCUUUGACUCAUAACGGGUGGAAGGCGACAGGUUGGAGUGUCUUUGACUCAUAACAGGUGGAAGGCGACAGGUUGGACUGUCUUUGACUCGUAACGGGUGCAAAGCGACAGGUUGGAGUGUCUUUGACUCAUAACGGGUGGAAGGCGACAGGUUGGACUGUCUUUGACUCAUAACGGGUGGAAGGCGACAGGUUGGACUGUCUUUGACUCAUAACAGGUGGAAUGGUCAAUAUGUAUGAAGAUUGGACUAGUGGCAUGGCUCAUACAUGCCAAAGGUGUGGGUGGAAUCCAGUCCCCUUCAUUUUGUAAAAGUAUUCAUAAAAUAGAUUUUGACAUGACCCUAAGCCCUACCAUGACAAACAAGAAGGGCUUCAAAUAAACACGGGUGUGUCCCCUUCCUCUUACUGUAACAUGGAACAAAAUGGAUUGGCUUGUGUUCAAAAAACAGACAUGAUGGUGUGUUGGACCUUUUCCAGGAUUCCCCUGGUUUUGACAUCUGUGUGAUUGGUAAGUGCCACAGUCCUGUGUGGAAAUCAUGUACUGUGUAAUAGUUGUGUGAAAGGGGUGACCAUCAGUAGCGCAUCCAGUGGUCCUGGUGCCUCAAGCUCCUCUUGUUCUCUUUCAGUGUUGUUGAAAUUUUUACAUGAUUUUCUUUGAAUGUGGCAACUGUAAAUUUAAAAAGAGGCUCCCAGAAAUCUCAUGUACAAAUUGUAUUUUGCUCCUAUCACUCUUCAUUCAAAUUAUAAAUUAAUCCUAGUUUGUGGGGGUUGAGUCAAAUAGCAUAUUCUGCUUGUUUAUAUGUAUUUAAAUGCCCCAUACUUAGAAAUGGCUAACUUAAGCUUGCCUCAUUAUUUUCAUACUGAUGUAUUUUGUAGCUAUUCAUCAACUGACCGAAUGAUACAGCUAAUAAUAAAGUGUCAUUCUUAAAAUUCCUUCCUUUCAAA